AUGGCUGCUGACCUUCCGACAUUCAACGCAUCCAUCCCCAACGGGGGCGACCCAACAAAGGUCGACGUGAAUGCCCAAUAUGACGGGUUCCAAUACAACUACACAUACAUCGUGUUCUGCGGCUUCAUAGUCUGGCUGAUCAUCCCCGGGAUCGGUCUGCUCUAUGGCGGGCUGGCGCGGCGGAAGUCAGCCCUGGCGCUUCUCUUCCAGUCUCUGAUGAUCGUUGCAGUUCGAGAUGCCAGUCCUUUCAUCGGAAGCCUCAAGGCGUUUGGCAUGAUGAACGUCAUGGCUGCCCCCUCGCCAAGCUCUGCCGUCCUCCCAGAAAUCGUCUAUUGCCUCUACCAGCAGCUUUUCUGCGCCUGCACGGUCAUGAUUGUGGUUGGGGGUGCAUUUGAGCGAGGAAACAUCCUCCCAUCUCUGAUCUUCAGCUUCUUCUGGGCGACCAUCGUCUACUGCCCGAUUGCUUGCUGGACCUGGAACAGCAACGGAUGGCUCUAUAACCUGCCAUCGCUGGACUUUGCCGGGGGUGGCCCCGUCCACAUUUCUUCCGGAUGGGCUGCCCUGGCAUAUGCCUUCGUCCUGGGGAAGCGCAAGCACAACGGCGAACCUACACACGGGAAGCCUCACAACACGACCCUGGUGUUCCUGGGGACCAUCCUGAUCUGGUUCGGAUGGUUUGGAUUCAAUGGAGGUUCUGCUCUCAAUGCCUCUGUCCGAGCCAUGUUGGCUGCAUUCAACACCAAUACUGCCGCAUGCACGGGGGUUCUCGGAUCGGUCCUCGUGGACUAUAUCCGGCACCGGGGCAAGUUCUCCGUGGUGGGCGCAUGCGAAGGGGCGAUUGCUGGGCUGGUAGGCAUCACUCCUGCGGCGGGUUAUGUCUCCGUCUGGCUGGCGGCCUGCAUCGGAUUCAUCACGGCUGUCGUCUGCUGCUCGCUCCAGAACAUCAACGACUGGCUCCAUAUCGACGAAGGGAUGGACGUCUUCAAGCUGCAUGGCAUUGGAGGCAUCGUGGGCGCCUUCCUGACGGGAAUCUUCGCCUCGUCGUCCGUCUCUGCGCUGGAUGGCAGCACUCUGUCGCCCGGGGGGAUCGACGGCAACGGCGUGCAGGUCGGCAAGCAGCUGGCGGAAAUCUGUGCCAUCUCGGGCUACUCGUUCGUGGUGACGUGCAUUCUGCUGUACAUUCUCAAGUGCAUCCCGGGCAUGAAGCUGCGGGUCAGUGAAGAGGCGGAGAUGAUCGGGCUGGAUCGAGCGCAGUUCUGCGACGAGCAGAUUGGCGACUGGAGCAUGCUGGACGGCUUGGCCAAAGGCCCAAUCGGGGAGACGGUCACGCCGCCCGGCGAGCAGGCAGUGGUCGAGCAGCCGCAGAAGAGCGACCAGUAA